AUGAUCCCUUUCAAACAUUUCUACGCCUGGCUCUUUUGCGCCUUCGCCUCCCUAGGAGCUUGUCUCUACGGUUACGAUGGCGUCUACUUUACAGGCGUCUCUGCCAUGGACGUCUUCGCUCGGCAUUUCGGUACCAGGCAGCCUGAUGGUUCCUAUGCUAUCGCUGCAGGUGAUCUAUCCCUCAUGACAUCGGUCAUUAAUAUAGGCGAGCUCGUGGGCUCGCUGACGGCAGCUCCGCUGAAUGAUGCGAUUGGGCGGAAGGGUGUCUUUCUCGUUGCGUCCAUCAUGGUGAUCAUUGGCGUGGUCUUGCAAUUGGCUACCGAUCACAAACAGUCCAUGAUCAUCGGAGGCCGCAUUCUACUUGGCUACGGGGUCGGGAAUUUUUCCGCUACCUCGCCGCUCUACAUUGGGGAAAUUGCACCGACUACAAUCCGCGGCCCGCUCCUCAUGUGCUGGCAACUCGUCCUGUCGAUCUCGCAGAUCAUUGCAGCUGCUAUCAACCGUGGUACGGAAGGGGCUAACACCACCGCCGCCUAUCGCAUUCCAAUGGCCGUUCAGCUCAUCUUCCCAUUGCUUGUCCUUGCCUUCCUCUGGUGGGUUCCGGAAUCCCCCCGUUGGUUACUCCGGAAAAGGAAGGCUGAAGCCGCCAAACGGUCCCUCUUACUCGUCAACCAAGACAACAAAAGCUAUGUUGUUGAUGAAGACCUUACAGCCCUUCGAAAUGACCUGGAAUCAGAGGAUCUACUUGCUGAACAAUCUUCCUGGAAGGACCUUCUGCUGGACCCGAUUGAGCGUCGGAAGACUAUAUAUUCUGCAGGAGCGUUAGUCGCCCAGCAAAUUAAUGGGAUCCAGUGGUUCUACUACUUUGGCACGGUCUUCUCCAAGGCAAUCGGUCUCUCUGACCCAUUCCUCAUGACCCUGAUUGUUUUCAUCAUUCAGGUGGUCGUAGUGUUCCUUGCGGUUCUUUGUGCCAAUAGGCUUCCAAGGCGGCCCCUGUUAUUGAUCACUACGACUAUCAUGGGGAUAUCUAUCUUCGUGGUGGGCUGUUUAGGCAUUCCUGGCAGCGAUGUCUCGCCAACCUUUGGCAAAGUGAUCAUCAGCUUUGUCAUAAUCGAAAUCACCGCCUUCAACUUUGCUUGGGGACCCCUAGGAUGGACCAUAGCGUCGGAAAUGGCGGUUGGUCGAAACCGAAAUAAAAUCUACGCAGUCGCAGUGGCUUGUUUCUGGAUUACCGUUUGGGCCAUCGUCUUCACCCUUCCGUAUCUCUAUUAUUCGGCCGACCUCGGCCCGAAGACUGGCUUCGUGUACACUGGUCUUUGCGUCAUUACCCUUGCUUACGUCUAUUUUUGCGUCGGCGAGGUCACUGGGCGCACGAUGGAGGAAAUCAACUGGUUUUUUAUGAACGGGAUUCCUGCUCGAAAAUGGCGUGAACAGCCCCGACCCGUCAUCGGCAACCCAGCCGAAUCAGGUCGAAGUUCCAAAUUUGACACGGAGAAGGAAGAAAGGGUUGAGGUUGAGCUUUCCACUCCUUAA